AUGGGCUCCAUUGCAAACGGUGUUCAGAGGCGAGAGGGGACUUUCCUCUUCACUUCCGAGUCUGUGGGAGAAGGCCACCCAGACAAGAUUGCUGACCAGGUAUCCGAUGCUGUUCUUGACGCCUGUCUUGCUGUCGACCCUCUGUCAAAGGUUGCCUGCGAGACUGCAACUAAAACCGGUAUGAUCAUGGUUUUCGGCGAAAUCACCACUAAGGCCAACCUUGACUACCAGCGGAUUAUCCGAAACGCUAUCAAGGAUAUUGGCUACGAUGACUCCGCAAAGGGUUUCGACUACAAGACCUGCAACGUCCUCGUUGCCAUUGAGGAGCAGUCUCCUGACAUCGCUCAGGGUCUUCACUACGAGCAGGCUUUAGAGAACUUGGGUGCCGGCGACCAGGGUAUCAUGUUUGGUUACGCCACUGAUGAGACACCCGAAUUGUUGCCAUUGACCAUUUUGCUUGCCCACAAACUCAAUCGCGCCAUGAAAGAGGCCAGAUUAGACGGCAGCCUUCCAUGGCUCCGCCCCGAUACGAAAACUCAGGUUACCAUUGAGUAUGCUCAUGACAACGGUGCCGUGAAACCUCUUCGCGUUGAUACCGUGGUGGUCAGCGCCCAACACAGUGAAGCUAUUACGACUGAAGAACUUAGAAAAGAAAUUUUGAACAAGAUUAUCAAGAAGGUUAUCCCCAGCAAUCUCCUGGACGACCGAACCAUUUAUCACAUCCAGCCAUCCGGUUUGUUCAUCAUCGGUGGUCCUCAGGGCGAUGCCGGUUUGACUGGCCGCAAGAUCAUCGUCGAUACUUAUGGCGGCUGGGGUGCUCACGGUGGUGGUGCUUUCUCUGGAAAAGAUUACUCCAAAGUCGACCGCUCUGCUGCUUAUGUUGCCCGAUGGAUCGCCAAAUCUCUUGUCAACGCCGGUCUUGCCCGCCGUGCUCUCGUCCAGCUCUCAUAUGCCAUCGGCGUCGCUGAACCACUCUCCAUCUUCGUUGAAACCUACGGCACUUCCACCAAAUCGUCCGACGAGUUAGUUAAGAUUAUUAGAGACAACUUCGACCUCAGACCUGGUGUCAUUGUUCAAGAACUCGAUUUGGCCAAGCCUAUCUAUUAUCAGACCGCAAAGAACGGCCAUUUCACAAACCAAAACUUCGCUUGGGAGAAACCAAAGACUCUCAAAAUUUAA